AAUGAACAAUUAAGCAAAGAAACAACAUAAAACACCAACGACUGAAAAAAGGAAAAUGACGGGGCCGAAACAAAACUGAAAUUGAGGGAUGGAAAAAGCGCACUGCACGGUGCACCGUCAGGCGCUAUGGCUCUUGUGUUUCCACGUCGUUUGCAGUUUGUCGUUCGUUGCGGAAAACAUUUCGACGACCGAAACUACGAUGGACGUAAAUUUGAUCGAAGAAAAUCAUCAUCAACACGAGGUCGGAUCGAAAUGGUCGCCGUUGUUCGAGGACGGACCCGGGCCCGUCAACGUCACCGCCCGUAUCGGGUCCACGGUGCAAUUGAACUGCAAAAUCCAACUACUCUACGACAAAACGGUGACGUGGGUUCAUCGAAAAUCAGACGACAUCCAGUUACUGACAGUGGGCCGUCAGGUACACAGCUCAGACCAAAGGAUAUCGUUGAGCUUCAGAUAUCCUAAUAACUGGAGACUUCAAAUUGUCUACAUAACCGACAGGGACGAUGGAGUGUACGAAUGUCAAGUGGCAACACACCCACCGACCACCAAGAAAACGUACCUUAGAGUCGAUGUGCCCACGGUCCGCAUGUCGGUAACCGGUACCGGUGACGUGACCAGAGGCAGUAGUGACGUUUUCUACAAGACCGGUAGCACUCUGGAGAUCGUGUGCAAAGUCGUGCACGCUGGUAGCAACAACGGAUCCAAAGUGUCGUGGUACAGAGGAAGACAAACGAUUUCUACCGGAAUCACCGAGAGGACCAGCAAUGAUUCUAGUUAUACGACAAUCGUGUCCACUCUGAAAAUCAAACAUGUACAGAAAACGCAUUCUGGAAACUACACGUGCUUGGUUGGAUCACCGUCAGCGUCAGCGGCCGUCACCGUCCAUAUACUGAACGGAGAACAACCGGCGGCGGUACACGACGGUAAUUCAGGUCCUCUGGUGUGCUGCGUGGCCGGCUGGUGGCUGCUGACCCUGUGCUGUCUGGUGCUGUCCAGUUGAUUCCCAGGGCCCGUGUAGAUAGUGACGGGUCAUCGUCCGAAACACCUGCACAGCGAUCACGCCGUAUUAUUAUUAUAAUAUCCGAACAACAAUCAUUAUCACUACAUGGAUGGCAUUGUGGCGAAUCGUUUCGCAUGUGCUGCCGACAACUGCACCACCGCCACCACCACUUGUUUUACCGAAAGACGGGACUUUGAAAUAUUUUAAUGUUGUCUGUUGUGUGUAUUGUAUGUACAUAAAUAUUCAUAGGUAUAUUAUGUUAAGAAUGUCUCAAUAUAUACGUGUAAGUAGUACUACCCAAAAUAAUAUGCGUGUUUGUGCAUAAUAAUAUAGAGAAGACGACUACUGCGUGGGAUUGGGGUAAACUUUUCUUUUUCGUCGCACAUCGUCGACUGUUGCAGUUAUCGUACCAUAAUAUAAUAUAUAGUAUAUACAUGCACAACCCUAAACGCCUUCGAAUGUUCGUGCAUUGAAAAAAGAGAUCAAAAUGUAAUACCUGCCUAUUACCUACAUGCAAAUAUAUUAUAUGCAAUGAUCGAAUAAUACAUCAUUCGAACAAUAUACGUUUCGGCACCUGUGCGUAUGAAUUGAAGGAGGAUAUUCGUUAGAGUAUCGUAUUUUAUUAAAAAUUUUAUUUCGUUUCCAAAAAUAUUUCACAAGUGGAAAUUCUCACGGCAUUAUAAUGAAACUUACUAAUUAUGACCUACCCAUCUAAUACGUGUUAGAACGCAACGAUGAUGAUAUUUUAUCAUGGCAAAAAUGAUCAAUUGAUCUGGACUUUACAACUACCUAUUGAACUAUUCACUAGCAAUUAUCGCGAAUGACAAGGCUUCGAUAUGAUGUAGAUAUUCGAAAAUAUUAUGAGGCUCAUAAAGAAAUCCUCCCGAUUUCAAUUUGAAAACUUUUUUUCUUAAGUCAAAGAACAAGGGGUCUUACAUUUUUGCUCAUAAAUAACGACUUCAGUUUAAGAUAAGGCGAAUAUUCAAUGGUACCUAUCUAGAAAUUCAUCAUACGAAAUGUAGGUAUAAUGCUUCACCAUGGUUUUUACAUCAUUCGGAGCCAUAAUCGAAAAAACCAUGACACCUGUCGUUUCUACGUUUGAUACCAAUGAUUAUCGACUACGUUAGAUAGGCAUCAACAAAUGUAUCUUGCAUAUAUAGUAUUAUACAGUCAGCUAUGAACAGGUAGAAAGAGGUAGGAAGUAACUCCAGUGUAAGUAACCUACAUGAUUUUGACAUUUUCCGAUUUUCGAUUUUAGUCUACUUCACAGUGUAUCCUAAUGGUGACAUUCGUUGUUUUCUAGAUACACUCUGUAUACUCUUUCAAUAAUAUUAGGUUAAGCACCGCAUGCUGCAAGGUUUUACGGUACCGACAUCCCCUUACGGAUUAUUAAUUGCUAACAAGUAAGUGCCUUCCCCAAAGGGUACCCACUUAAUACAAAUCUCAAAAAAUAUCCGGUCACUACCACACUAAUAAUUCGAGGUCUUGAUAACCUACCUGUUAUGAUAGGUAGGAGAUAGCUAUAUAUUACCUAUAUUGUAUUAUUAUAACAAAAUUGUAAUAAAUUAAUAACCGUGUUUCAUAAUAUUCAACUAGGUAUAAUAAUAUACUAGAUAUACGAUGAAAAAAAUAUUAUAAACUAUAACACACAAAAAUCGUUUUGACUAUACGUCAUAAUUAUUAUAUAUUAUAUAUCUACCUUACACUAUUGUUACUAUAUAAUCGUAUUACAAUAUUUCAUGAGGACUUUUUUUUUGAAAUUAUACAAAAAUAUUGAACACAAUUGGCUGUAAAAAGUGUAACAUUAUAAUAUUCUUUUAAUGGAAUGUAUAAAUCUUACCCUAUGUAUUUAUAUAAUAUAUUGAUGUUUAAUAUUCAGAAUUCGUUUUAAUUUAUACAACAAUAUACU